CGCCCGCCCGCCGCCUUCCUCCCUCAGCCUUCCUUCCCCACGGCCGGCCGCCUCCUCGCCCGCCUGCCCGCAGCCCCGGAGCUGAGGCCGCCGCGGCUCUGGCGGCCGAGCCCUCAGUCAUGGCCUCGGGCGACACCCUCUACAUCGCCACGGACGGCUCGGAGAUGCCGGCCGAGAUCGUGGAGCUGCACGAGAUCGAGGUGGAGACCAUCCCGGUGGAGACCAUCGAGACCACGGUAGUGGGCGAGGAGGAGGAGGACGACGACGACGACGAGGACGGCGGCGGCGGCGACCACGGCGGCGGGGGCGGCCACGGGCACGCGGGCCACCACCACCACCACCACCACCACCACCACCCGCCCAUGAUCGCUCUGCAGCCGCUCGUCACCGACGACCCGACCCAGGUGCACCACCACCAGGAGGUGAUCCUGGUGCAGACGCGCGAGGAAGUGGUGGGCGGCGACGACUCGGACGGGCUGCGCGCCGAGGACGGCUUCGAGGACCAGAUUCUCAUCCCGGUGCCCGCGCCGGCCGGCGGCGACGACGACUACAUCGAGCAGACGCUGGUCACCGUGGCGGCGGCCGGCAAGAGUGGUGGCGGCGGCUCGUCGUCGUCGGGCGGCGGCCGCGUCAAGAAGGGCGGCGGCAAGAAGAGCGGCAAGAAGGGCUACCUCGGCGGCGGGGCCGGGGCGGCGGGCGGCGCGGACGCGGGCAACAAGAAGUGGGAGCAGAAGCAAGUGCAGAUCAAGACCCUGGAGGGCGAGUUCUCGGUCACCAUGUGGUCCUCAGAUGAAAAAAAAGAUAUUGACCAUGAGACGGUGGUUGAAGAACAGAUUAUUGGAGAGAACUCACCUCCUGAUUACUCAGAGUAUAUGACAGGAAAGAAACUCCCCCCUGGAGGGAUACCUGGCAUUGACCUCUCAGAUCCCAAACAACUAGCAGAAUUUGCUAGAAUGAAGCCAAGAAAAAUUAAAGAAGAUGAUGCUCCAAGAACAAUAGCUUGCCCUCAUAAAGGCUGCACAAAGAUGUUCAGGGAUAACUCUGCCAUGAGAAAACAUCUGCACACCCACGGCCCCAGAGUCCACGUCUGUGCAGAAUGUGGCAAAGCUUUUGUUGAGAGCUCAAAACUAAAGCGACAUCAGCUGGUUCAUACUGGAGAGAAGCCCUUUCAGUGCACGUUCGAAGGCUGCGGGAAACGCUUUUCACUGGACUUCAAUUUGCGCACACAUGUGCGAAUCCAUACCGGAGACAGGCCCUAUGUGUGCCCCUUCGACGGUUGUAAUAAGAAGUUUGCUCAGUCGACUAACCUGAAAUCUCACAUCUUAACACAUGCUAAGGCCAAAAACAACCAGUGAGAAGAAGAGAGAAGACCCUUCUCCGCCUUGGGAAGCCUCUUCCAGGAGUAUGAUUGGGAAUAAAUAUGCCUCUCCUUUGUAUAUUGUUUCUAGGAAAGAAUUUUAAAAAUGAAUCCUACAUACCCAAGGGACAUGUUUUGAUAAAGUAGUAAAAAUUAAAAAAAAAAACUUUAAUAAGAUGACAUUGCUAAGAUGCUCUAUCUUGCUCUGUAAUCUCGUUUCAAAAACACGGUGUUUUUGUAAAGUGUGGUCCCAACAGGAGGACAAUUCAUGAACUUCGCAUCAAAAGACAAUUCUUUAUACAACAGUGCUAAAAAUGGGACUUCUUUUCACAUUCUUAUAAAUAUGAAGCUCACCUGUUGCUUACAAUUUUUUUAAUUUUGUAUUUUCCAAGUGUGCAUAUUGUACACUUUUUGGGGAUAUGCUUAGUAAUGCAAUGUGUGAUUUUUCUGGAGGUUGAUAACUUUGCUUGCAGUAGAUUUUCUUUAAAAGAAUGGGCAGUUACAUGCAUACUUCAAAAGUAUUUUCCUGUAAAAAAAAAAAGUUAUAUAGGUUUUGUUUGCUAUCUUAAUUUUGGUUGUAUUCUUUGAUGUUAACACAUUUUGUAUAAUUGUAUCGUAUAGCUGUAUUGAAUCAUGUAGUAUCAAAUAUUAGAUGUGAUUUAAUAGUGUUAAUCAAUUUAAACCCAUUUUAGUCACUUUUUUUUUCCGAAAAAUACUGCCAGAUGCUGAUGUUCCGUGUAAUUUCUUUGCCUGUUCAGUUACAGAACGUGGUGCUCAGUCGUAGAAUGUAUUGUACCUUUUACCACCUGAUGUGUACAUCCCGUGUAACAGAAAGGGCAACAAUAAAAUAGCAGUCCUACAGAAAGAAUAUGGCAGAAGAAGAGCUGUAAGCACAGUCUUAUUUCCUUUUGUUGUCCAGAAUAAUUAUAAUUCUUGAGCCUCCCAGAAAUUGGAAGCUAAAUAAAGCAACUCAAGUUUCCUUUA